AUGCAAAUGUAUGAAGCACAUCGUAUAUGGAAACAAGAACUCAAAAUGCCCGAUGUUCAUACUAACGAAAAGGAUUCAUAUGUAUGUGCAUAUUUUCAGCCACCAUCACUAAAUGAAACUAAUUUCAUUCGAGAAAUUCUUCCUGAUGCUAAUCGUUCUACUGUACAUCAUAUCAUUCUAAAAGGUUGUUCAUAUCCUGUUAAAACAAUGGGUCAGCUACAACGUUGUGGACAUUGUGAAACAGUUCUGUAUGCAUGGGCUAUGAAUGCUCCACCAUUACGUUUCCCAUUAGGUGUUGGAUAUCCAGUUGGCAUAAAUGCACUAAUUAAAGGAUUUGAAAUGGAAGUUCAUUAUUUAAAUCCAGUGAAAUUUGAUCAAUCUGGAUUAAAUUAUGAUGCAGUAAUACCACCUGGUAGAAAAAAUUAUCCCGUAGAUAUAUCAUGUCGUAUUUCAUCUAGUUUACCUAUAACAGUAAUGGCAAUACGUGGACAUACUCAUGCAUUAGGUCGAUCUGUUGUAGGCUAUCGAUUGCCAUAUGGACAAAGACCAGCACAAUUACUCGGUCGAGUUAAUCCUCAAAUACCACAAGCAUUUUAUCCAUUGAAACAGUUAGAUUCUGAAUUCGAUUCAGUGGAGAUUGGUGAAGAUGAUAUUUUAUUAGCACGUUGUGUAUACGACAGUACAUCAAGAACAAAGGAUGUCAGGAUGGGAUUUACACAUCAUGACGAAAUGUGUAAUCUGUAUAUUUUAUAUCAUAGUAGCCCCCUAAAUACAUUCGGAGAUCAAAAAGGAUUCUGCACUUCAAAUGAAUAUGAAUCGAAAUGGGAGUUAAUACAAGAGAAUGUCAGUGAAUCAACUAGAAAGUCUUCUCUGGUGACUGAAACAUCUAGUGUUGACUCAAAAAAAUCAUCAACUGAAAUGUUACUGACCACAAUACAUCCAAUUGAAAUUGUUCGAACGCCAUCAUCAUCAUUAUCUGAGAAUGUGCUGUUUCAUGAUACAAUUUUACUGGGACAGGCAAGCAGCGUUGAGACGCGUACAAUUAGUAACGGUCAACAUGAACUGAUUGUUUUACACCGUGGGUCGAAUAUAUGGACAGAUAAUUCAUUUAAUAAACGAUAUAUUUAUCAAAAUGGAGCAGAUUUCAUAAAAACGGAUACAGUUUUACAUAUGAAUCCAAUCACUGGAGAUAUUGAACAGAAAUGGGGAAGUAACAUGUUUAUUUUACCACACAGCAUAACACUAAGUUAUUUUAGUGAUACGAAUACAACAAGUGAUCGUGAUCAACAACAACAUAGACGAAGAGAUGGAACACCAUCUUCUGUAUGGAUAACUGAUGUAGCUCUACAUCAAGUAUUCAAAUUCAAUUGGAUGAGAUGGGAGAAGCCCAGUUUAGUUCUUGGUAUACCUGGUAAACCUGGUAAUAAUAUGAAGCAAUUUUGUCAGCCAUCAGAUGUUGCAAUAUCCAGUACAGGUGAGGUAUUUGUCGCAGAUGGUUAUUGCAAUUCACGAAUUGUCAAAUUUUCACCAAAUGGUACAUAUUUAACUGAAUGGUCAGCUUUAGGUUUAUUGAAUCAAGAUUAUCAAGGUGAUAUGUCACAUGCACCAAAUUCAUUUUUACAAGAUUAUUUGCCAACUGAAGUUUUAUAUACAGAGCCAAAUUAUGAGUCAAAUAUGGAUAUGAGCAAAUUCGAUUUCAAGGUGGUACACAGUUUGACUAUCAUUCCUAGUGAAGAUGGUAGCCUUGAACAAGUAUGUGCAGCAGAUCGGGAGAAUGCAGCUGUAUUAUGCUACACACUGGAUGGUAAACUGAUUAGACGUUAUGCAGAUUCAGCUUUACAGCCUUCAGUCUAUGCAAUUCAAUAUGAUCCAGAGCACAAAGUUAUUGUUGGGCUAACUGGUCGCACCUAUGCGUCUGUUAUCUACUCAUCUUUGAGUAAUGAUAAUGUUUGGUUAGCACCAAAUCUAUUCUUUCUAAAUCUCUAUAAACCGAAGAGUUUAGAAGAAAUAAUUAACAAACCAUACAAUCCUUAUUGGGCUGUAGCAUACCAAGGUUCUGGAUUAGUUGGAUUCUUUUCUGCUUACAAUAUAAUGUCACCACAUGAUUUGACUUUAUCUCCUAGAAGUGAUAUGAUUUAUGUCUCAGAAAUUAAUCCAAAUGUAGUUCAUCGAUUUGAAAUAUUAAAUAAACCUGAUGGUAAAGAUAUGGAUACAGGAAAUGAGAUUGCUGAAAUUGUUGCUGUCACCAAUUAUCAAAUAUGGAAUUUGCAUACACUUACACCAUAUCAGUUAACUGGUCUUUCAGUGAUAUUAUUCCUUGUAAUUAUUUUUCUGUUAUUUGGUUGUAUACGCUUAUGUUGGUGUAGACGUCGGAUUAGUAGUGGUGGUAGUAUCCGACGAAAUAAACGAGAAAGUGAUAAAGUAUUUGCCAUAUCCCACAAAAACACUGAUUCAAACACUAUGAAUGGUAUUUGUUCACGUUAUUCAACGAAAAAAACCACGAAACGAAGUAAAGAAGCUGGUUUUCGACCACUUAUACGUAACAGUAAUGGCUCAGAUUAUUUUGCUGAACAAGAGAUUGAUGAUUAUAUUGAUGAUGAAGGAGAAGGAGUAGGGGAAAAUGGUGAUGAAGAUGUGCUUAUGGAUGCUUAUGCAGAUCGUCACUUGUUGAGACAAAGUGAUAAAUUAGUGGGAAAUACUACUAAAAAGUCUCGUUCUACCACUCUUUCAUCGAAAUUAUUUAGACUUAAAACCGGUGUUAAUCGGUCAGAUUCAGUAGCUUAG